AUGCCUCGCUUUGAUGAUUCGCACAUGCCCACGCGGCCCGUCGACCGCGACAAGGCCGAAUCCGAGCUCUCCAUCCACAUCAAAAAGGCCACCACCAACGACGAAACCGCUCCCAAGCAAAAGCACGUCCGCAAGUGUAUCGUUUACACAUGGGACUACCGCACAUCUCAAUCCAUCUGGACCGGUCUGCGUGUCCAGCCCAUCCUCAGCGAUGAAGUGCAGACCUUUAAAGCGCUCAUCCUCGUCCACAAGGUGCUCCAGGAGGGUCACCAGAUCGUGCUGAAAGAGGCACAGGCUCAGGUUGGAUGGUUCGAGACCUGCGCUCGUACCGUAGGUGCGGAUAGCAUGCGAGGCUACGGCUCCAUCAUCCGCGCCUACGUCAACUUCAUCCUCGCCAAGCUCCGCUUCCACCGUCACCACAAGGAGUUCAACGGUCUUUUCGAAUACGAAGAGUACAUCUCGCUCAAGAACAUCGACAACCCCGACGAGGGCUAUGAGACCAUCAUGGACCUCAUGAACCUCCAGGACCAGAUCGAGCAGUUCCAGAAGCUCGUCUUUGCGCACUUCCGCGGGUCCGCCAACAACGAAUGCCGCAUCUCUGCCCUUGUGCCAUUGGUCAAGGAGAGUUACGGUAUCUACAAGUUCCUCACCUCCAUGCUUCGCGCCAUGCACCGACGUACAGACGCGAGUGACGCUCUCGAGCCAUUGCGAGAGCGUUACGACUCGCAGCACCACCACCUCCGCAAAUUCUACUACGAAUGCGCCAACCUCAAGUUCCUCACCUCCCUUAUCAACGUUCCCAAACUCAACCACGAUCCUCCUAACCUCUUCGAGCUGCCAGAAGAGGGACCCUACCUCCCACCUCGCUCAGCACCGGCACCCAAAGCUCCUACACCGGAGCCGGGUCCGUCGCAGGCCGAGAUUGAUGAGCAGGCCCGCUUGCUCAAGGGGUACGAAGACAAGCAGGCUGCCCUCAAAGCAGCAGAGGAAGCAGAGAGGCAAAGGCAAGCCGACCUCGCCGCCAAGCAGCAGCGCGACUUUGAAGAGCAGCAGCGCCUGCAAGCCGAACAGCAGCGACUCGCCCAGGAACAGCUCAUGCGCGAUCAGAUGAACCAGAUGCAAGGCGGUCAGCUCGCAGAGCUCCAACGCGAGAUCCUCGCCAUGCGCGGUCAGUACGAGCGCGAUCAGCUCAUGCUCGAGCAGUACGACCGACGUGUCAAGGCACUCGAGACCGAGCUCGCCAACAUUGGUCAGAACUUUGGCGCGCAGAUGCAGGGCAAGGACGAUAUCAUCAAGCAGCUCCAGGAUCAGGUUACGCUCUGGCGCAACAAGUACGAGGCGCUCGCCAAGCUCUACUCGCAGCUCCGAUCCGAGCACCUCGAGAUGCUCGGCAAGUACAAGCAGAUGCAGAUCAAGGCGGGUAGCGCGCAGGAGGCGGUCGACAAGAUGGAGCGCAUGGAGCGCGAUGUCAAGGCCAAGAAUCUCGAGCUUGCCGAUAUGAUCCGCGAGCGAGACCGUGCCCGCUUCGAUCUCGACAGGAUCAAGGCGAGUCAGAAGGAGGAGUUUGACCGUCUCAAACGGGAUCUCAUGUUUGCCAACGAGCGGGCCGAGGAUGCGACGCGUGCCAAGAGCUCCGAGCUGUCUGGCAUGAUGGGCACUCUCAACCGACAGCUGGCCGAGCUCGAAGAUGCGUUGCGAGAGAAGCGCAUGGAGUUGGAUGCGCGCGAUGCAGAGCUGGCACGCAUUCGAGACGAGAAGGACGCCGAGCUGGCCAUCAUGCAGGAGGGCAUGGAUGCCACCAUCAAGCAGCUCACCGACAUGCAGCUCAACCAGGGCGAGAACGAUCAGGCAGUCAAUGCUCAGAUCGACACCUUGAUUCUCGACAACACCAAAAAGCUCAACGCCAUCAUCGAUUCGAUCCUGCAGGCGUGCGUCGACAAGGUGGACGAUGCGCUCUACGAGCUCGAGUCGCCCUCGGGCACCGGCAACACCACCGCCACCCCCGAGUACGUGCUGUCGAUGAUCGAGAAGGGCACCACCUCGACCAACGAGUUUGCCACCGUCUUCUCGCUCUACCUGUCCGGCGACGUCGGUGGUGAGCACGUAGAGGUGAUCAAGCGUGCCAACCAGCUGGCUCAGACCAUCAGCGACACGCUCACCAGCACCAAGGGCAUCACACGUCUGGCGCAGAGCGACGAUGCUGCCGACAAGCUCAUCAACACUGGCCGUGAGACAGGAAAUGUCCUCCUUCGCUUCUUCAGCAACCUCCAGUCCUACCGCCUGGCCGGUGUUGCCCCAGCUCAGCGUCGCGAUGUCGUCGCACGUCAAAAUCUGGAAGCCCGUUCCGCUUUCUCCAACCUCAACAGCGUCGUCGAAACGAUGGUCAAGGCGGGCAAUACGAUGCUUGCCAACGCCAAUGGUGAUAUCGGCGACAUUGUCGAGCGCGAGAUGAUGAACGCUGCCUCCGCCAUCGACGCCGCUACCGCCAAGCUUCAAGCCCUGCUCUCGAGACCCAGGGACCACAACAAGUACUCAGCUGUCGACCUACAGGUGCACGAUGCGAUCUUGGAGGCGUCGCUUGCCAUCACGCGUGCCAUCGCUGGGCUGAUCAAGGCAGCCACCGAAUCCCAACAGGAGAUCGUCGCCAAGGGUCGUGGGUCAUCGACCAACCAGCAAUUCUACAAGAAGAACAACCGAUGGACGGAAGGUCUCAUCUCUGCCGCACGCGCCGUCGCGUUCGCCACCACCAUGCUCAUCGAAGCCGCCGACGGCGUGAUCAUGGGCACGCACUCGCUGGAGCAGCUCAUCGUCGCCUCGAACGAGGUGAGCGCGGCGACGGCCCAAGUGGUCGCCGCCUCGCGCGUCAAGGCCGAGUUCAUGUCCAAGACCCAGGAUCGACUGGAGCGGGCGGCCAAAGCGGUCACCGAAGCGUGCAGAGCGCUGGUCAAGCAGGUCAAGACCAUCACGGACAGGCAGAGCAAUGGUGCUGGCGAUGCGGAUUACAGUCGAAUGGCCGCACACGAGUUCAAGGUCAAGGAGAUGGAACAGCAGGUCGAGGUGCUGAAGUUGGAGAAGGAGCUGACGCAGGCGAGGAGGGUGCUCGGUGCGAUGCGCCGGGCUGGAUAUCAUGCUACGGAGGAGGAUUAG